CGCACGGCAGGAUCAGACGGUGCGUAACGGUAGAUGACGAGGGAAUGAUAUUCUGGGCUGAUAGAGUUGAAUAGUGUCUUUUACUUGUUCACAUAAAGGAGGACUCUUUAUAAUAGAACCGCAUCUCCAGUCUUAUCUUUCGACUUGUUAGAGCCGCGCGUAAAAUUUGGGCAAAAUGGUGACAGGCGCCUUGGCGACACUACUGACUCUCCUGUCUUGGUGUUACUGCGUGUUGGCCACGCAGGUCGCCUUCUCCAACUUUUCUAUGGACAAUGAGGUGCGCUCCAGCUUCAUCCAGCGGCGGCUGCGGAGCCAGGAGCGCAGGGAGAUGCAGCGGGAGAUCCUCUCCAUCCUGGGGCUGCCGCAACGUCCGCGGCCGCACGUCCACACUAAACACAAUGCUGCCCCGAUGUUCAUGCUGGACCUGUAUAAUACCAUCUCUACAGACACAGAGCCGCACGGAUACUCUUAUUACAAGCCCGUUUUACCGACCCAGGCUUCCCCUGUGGUGACCCCACAGGACAGCCGCUUCUUAGAUGAAGCAGAUAUGGUGAUGAGCUUUGUGAACCUUGUUGAUCAGGAUCAGGAUCUUCUCUACCAGCAGCACCGAAGGGAAUUUCGUUUCGACCUUUCCCGUAUUCCAGAGGGAGAGGCCAUCACAGCAGCUGAGUUCAGAAUUUACAAGGAUUUCAUCCGGGAACGCCAUGAGAAUGAGACAUUCAGAGUCAGUGUCUACCAGGUCCUGCAGGAGCCUCCAAAUAGUGAAGUGGAGCUGUUGCUGCUGGACCAGAGAGAUGUUUGGGCUGCAGAGGAGGGCUGGCUGGUUUUUGACCUGACUGCCACCAGUAACCUCUGGUUGGUCAACCCCGAACAGAACCUAGGUCUGCACCUAGUCUUGGAGGACAGCCAUGGCCAGAGGAGGAACCCCCAACUGGCAGGGCUGGUGAUGGGCAGUGGGCCCCAGGACAAGCACCCCUUCAUGGUUGCCUUCUUCAAAGCCAGUGAGGUGCGCUUCCGCAGCAUCCGUUCUGCCCACGGCCACAAGGGUCGCCAGUCUAACCGCUCCAAACCCCAGAGGACUGUUCAGGAUGCACUAAAAGCAGUGGAGGCUGCAACAGAUAACCUCGGCAUCUCUAAAGAGGGGUGUAAAAAGCAUGAGCUGUAUGUCAGUUUCAGAGAUUUGGGAUGGCAGGACUGGAUUAUAGCACCAGAGGGCUAUGCAGCAUACUACUGCGAAGGGGAAUGUGCUUUCCCUCUCAACUCCUACAUGAAUGCCACUAAUCACGCUAUUGUGCAAACUCUGGUGCACUUUAUUAACCCUGAGACGGUGCCCAGGCCCUGCUGUGCCCCAACACAGCUCCAUGGCAUCUCAGUGCUCUACUUUGAUGACAGCUCCAACGUCAUCCUCAAAAAGUACCGCAACAUGGUGGUCAGAGCCUGCGGCUGUCACUGAUCGCUUGUCCCCUUCCUAUGAGUUUUGCAAAUCCGGAGGGAUGCUUACAGUGACAGAAGUGGAGGAAGCAGAGACAAGAUGAUUGACUGCCUGGUCACCAGGGAGCUCCUGCCAAAGAAUGAGCUUUAUUCUGGGUUACAGUUUUUAUGACCAGCAGCUGAGCCGCCCUUGCAGUAUUAACCACUACCACAGCCCAGUCAGAACUAUUGGUCACAGAGAAAGGCUGAACAAAGGAUUUUCUUUGUUUCCUUUCAGUGUGACUAGAAAAGGUGCACUGAAAGGACUAUGAGCAGUUUGAAGCUCAAACAAAACACAGAUUCCUAAAAACAUAAUUUUCCCUGUUUGCAGAGGUCGUAUAAUGUACAGCACAUAUCUGCAUUUAAAUUCUCUUCUCAGGCAUGAGAAUAUAAAAAUAUUGCCUGGGUGGCAAUGCAUUACAUAGCCCAUAAAACUUUAAAUCUCCAUCUUCCUGUUGAACCACUGCACCUAGUCCUUUGGAACAGCUGGAUGAACUUAUUUCCUGAUCAGAAAAAAAAUACUCUGCAGCAAACGCCCCUGGUGUUGAACUGGUUGUUCAGCAGGCCAAUUGGACCAGGUCAGGUGUAAGACAUCUGGAAGCUUGUGUGUGUGCUGCUGAUGUAGAGGAGCUCAGUGAAGAAUGACAGCCAAGACUGUUAAUAACAGUGUGUGGGAUUGAAAGGUCUGGCUGUUGGGCCUGGUUUCCUGGUGUAGACAUAUAUCACCAGGCGUGUAAAAGGCAUACAGUCUGCAAGAUGUCAGUGAUUCAUCUUCAUGAGGCCGACAUCAGGGUGUGCACCAGCACCCCUGACUGCAGCUGCCUUCUGGAGUGAGAGCAGAGCUGCAGGUGAUCGAACACAGGCCGUAAUUUUAUGUUGUCAAGAUUAAAGUAGCUGAAUAAAUGGAAACUAUCAAAGAAGAAUCAGAUGUGUUUUUUCCUUAUUUGGCCUCAGUAGUGUUCUUGACAUCGGAAACAGUGGUAGCUAAAACAGUCUAUCCCCAAGAUUCAUUCAGUAGCUGUCCUGAAGCUUCGAUGUUUCUCCAUAUGCUAAAGAAAAUCAUG